CAUAGGGAAGUACUUUAGGUCUAAAGGGGUUAAGAAGGCCUCCCUGCAUUCAGGAACAUGCAGGGGUCCCACCGUGCCAGUUCCAGCCUUUUGAACUCUUUCCAGCUUUUUUUUUCUUGCAACAAAUCUGUCUGACUGCCACCAGGACAUAGGAAGCGUGUGCCUGUCAAAGAAAUCAAGUUUACUUUUUCUGACUUGUUAACAGAGGCAGGGUAUAAAUAGAGCUAACUCUGCUCAGACUCUUGGCGUUUCUCUUAAAAUAAGGGGUAGCUUCCUUGGGCCUUUCAUCCAAUGAGGUCCAGACCAAGCUGCUCUGUCAACGGCGGCAGCAAAGGAGCUUGCUGAAGUCUUUACUGGAGUCAGGUGCCUUUGGGUUCCUCAGAAAUUGAAGGCUUACCAAAACCAAAGCAGACAGGAACUGCCUGCAGCUCGGCCACUGCCCUGGAGAAGCUCUGAGAUGGUGUUGGUGCCGCUCGCUCGGUGGAUGUGGAUCUUGCUGGGGAAGAGCAGUGUCCUCUUGCUUCUGGAGGUCUCUCUGAAAGGGGGAGCUCUGCCUCCCAUCCGCUACUCCCACGCCGGGAUAUGUCCCAAUGACAUGAACCCCAACCUGUGGGUGGACGCACAGAGCACCUGCAAGAGGGAGUGCGAGGCUGACCUGGAGUGUGAGACCUUUGAGAAGUGCUGCCCCAAUGUCUGUGGAACGAAGAGCUGCGUGGCAGCUCGCUACAUGGAUGUCAAGGGCAAGAAGGGGCCAGUGGGGAUGCCCAAGGAGGCCACCUGCGACCGCUUCAUGUGCAUCCAGCAAGGCUCAGAGUGUGACAUCUGGGAUGGGCAACCUGUCUGCAAGUGCAAGGACAGGUGUGAGAAGGAGCCAAGCUUCACCUGCGCCUCCGAUGGCCUCACCUAUUACAACAAGUGCUACAUGGAUGCAGAGGCCUGCAUCAAAGGCAUCACCCUGAGCGUGGUCACCUGCAGGUACCACCUCACCUGGCCCAACACCAGCCCCAUCCCGCCAGAAACCACAGCUCGUCCUACUACUGCCUAUUCCGAGACAACGCUGGUGGACAUCCUGCCGCCGGUGCUGGUGAACAACCCCACCCAGCAGUCUGUCUACGUGGGGGAGACCGUCAGCUUCCUCUGCGACGUCACGGGGAGGCCCAAGCCAGAGAUCACCUGGGAGAAGCAGGUGGAUGGGAAAGAUAAAAUCAUCAUGAAGCCAAAUCACGUCAGGGGGAAUGUCGUGGUCACCAACAUCGCCCAGCUGGUCAUCUACAACACCCAGCUGCAGGACACCGGCGUCUACACCUGCACCGCCAGGAACAGCGGCGGCCUCCUCAGGGCUGAUUUCCCUCUGUCAGUCAUCAAAGGAGAGCCCACAUCCAAGGAAGCUUCCCAAAACAAGACGCAGUUCCCAACCGACGAGUGCCUGAAGCAGCCAGACAGCGAGGACUGCGGGGAGGAGCAGACCAGGUGGUACUACGACGCAAAGAAAAACAACUGCUUCACCUUCAUCUAUGGGAACUGCAACAGCAACCUCAACCAUUUUGAGACCUACGAGAGCUGCAUGCUGACCUGCAUGAACGGCCCCAUCAACAUCUGCAACCUGCCAGCCCUCCAGGGGCACUGCAAAGCCUACGAGCCCAGGUGGGCCUACAACAGCUUGACCAAGCAGUGCCAGUCCUUCAUUUACGGUGGCUGUGGAGGCAACGAGAACAACUUUGAGAGCCGGGAGGCCUGUGAAGAGAUGUGCCCCUUCCCCAAGCACACGCACUGCAAGGCCUGCAAGCCACGCCAGAAGCUGGUCACCAGCUUCUGCAAGAGUGACUUUGUCAUCCUGGGCCGCAUUACAGAGCUGACCGAAGACCAAGACUCGGGGCACGCCCUGGUCACGGUGGAGGAGAUCCUCAAAGAUGAAAAAAUGGGAUUAAAGUUCCUGGGGAGAGAACCGCUAGAAAUCACCCUUUUGAACAUGGACUGGAGCUGCCCCUGCCCCAACAUGACCACAGUGGAUGGCCAGCUCAUCAUCAUGGGUGACGUGCACAACGGCAUGGCCGUCCUGCAGCCAGACAGCUUCGUGGGCACCUCCAGCACCCGGCGCGUGCGGAAGCUCCGCGAAGUCAUCCACAAGAAAACCUGUGAGCUUCUGAAGGAGUUCCUGGGGCUGCACUAACCCCAGGCAGCCCAGCAGGAGUGGUAGGUAGGGCUAACAGCACUAGGCUAGAGCCACAGCUAACCCAGCUGUAGGAACCAUGCAGACCCCGCAGCGUAACCUGAGAAUGAAGCUUAGCAGUGUAGUGUGGUCCCUGGCAGGCACACAGGGCAGCGGCAGGAGCCUGCUCACCUGCACCCAAGUCACCUUGCCCACGCAAGAGGGACGCUCAGAGGCUGAGUCACUGCAGUGCUUUUGGGCUGGUUGCGUAGCUGCCAUCACAAUGGCAGAACCCACAGCGUCUGUGCUGCUGCCUGGUGCACAGCUGGCUGAGCUCCGAGGUCAGCUGAACCCUUCCCACCCGGAGCAGGCUGUGCUGUGGCCACUCAGUGUAAAUCACUGGCAUCCCCUCACAACUGUACUCACUGCUGCAGCACAGCCUGUAAGUCAUUGUGCACAUUGCCCAAGCUAUGCAGUAGGAUUUGCUUCUAGCUGAAACUUUCCUAGCAGCUUUCUUUGGACUGUACCUCAUUUUUAAAUGGCAACCACUUGCUACCUUGCAGUCCUUACUGGGGAGAAAGCUCCCUUGAUCCUAUGCCCAGGACAACAGGUCCCUGGAGAAGCUCACGGCACAGUCUCACCCAAAAUGACUUUUCUGCCAUCCCAUUGUGCUCCCCUGUUCUUGUUUUCAUUAACAGAUUGUCCCAAAAAGGCAGAAGGAUGCAGGGGGCUGCCAGCUGUCUUGCUGUGCUUGCACAUCCUUUAUACCCAAGCCUGUGCAGCAGCUUAGUGCUCAUUUCCUGCUUUUCUAGGUGAGAGAGAGGAGGGAGAAGAGUCAGAACAAAAUUCCAACAAGAGAAGUGCAGUCUGCAGCCUGCGUUGUGCAGGCACAAAGCUGAUGAAACCAAACCGCCUGGCCACGGCCACACAGAGCAGCCUCUUUAGGGGCAUGGCCAGCUUGGCCCCUUUAGAGCGAUCUCCAAACAGCAGAAACCUCCUCCAGGCACCCAGGGCUGUGAGUAAACAGCCUGAGGAGCAGGAGGGCAGCGCGGGCUGGGGCGAUCGCCUGCGUGCACACAGCAUCGGCCGCUUAGCUUUUGUGUGUCCCAAAUGUAACCUUUGCUAUGCAAAAAGCCUUGAAUAAAGAAAAAGCUGAUCCCGGAAGAACGCUGCCUGGGCAGGGACUGUGCUGGCAGGGCAGAGGGGUGAGCGGCAGGCAGGCCUGGCCGUGGCUUGCUGCUGGCUCUGGGCAUCACUGCGGUGCCCGAGGGUUCCCCCUGCACAA